AAUAAUGAAACAUUUGGUGUUUACGUGGAAUACACCCAAUGCACUUUCUUAUCCUUUUAAGCAUAAAUAGCCCAAACUAAAGCAGAAUGAUUGAAAUAACAGAUCUCCAAAAAAUUGGAAUCGGCUUGGCUGGCUUUGGCAUAUCGUUUUUAUUUCUUGGCAUGUUGCUUUUAUUUGACAAGGGCUUGCUUGCCAUAGGAAAUAUUCUAUUCAUAUCCGGCCUUGGCUGCGUCAUUGGCGUCGAGCGGACCUUACGCUUUUUCUUUCAACGCCAUAAAGUCAAAGGGACAACAGCAUUCUUUGGUGGAAUUGUGAUUGUGCUGCUUGGUUUCCCCAUAAUUGGCAUGAUCAUUGAAUCCUAUGGAUUCUUUGCACUAUUCAGUGGCUUUUUCCCCGUAGCCAUCAAUUUCCUCGGCCGUGUGCCCGUCUUAGGAUCAUUAUUCAAUCUACCAUUUAUGCAAAAGAUUGUACAAAAACUUGGUGGCGACGGGAAUCGGACAACUGUAUAAAAUUAGGAAGUAUUUGAAAUUAUACAAGAAUAUUUUUGUAUAAAUUAAAUAAAUUCGUUGUUGUGUAAAACCUUUUGUUAAACGCCCAAAAUAUAUGUAAAUACAUA